CUACCCAAACCAUUCAUCUACUCUGAAUAUAUCUACUUAGCAAUAAAUAACUAAUAUAAUCUUGCUGACAAAGAGAAAUUGAAAGAGUGAAGGGAGAAUUGAGGAAAAUGAAUUAGAUUUCGAUUUAGAUGGCCACUCAAUUAUAUUUUUACUAUUUAUUUAAGUUAUUCUCAUUAUCAUUAAUAGGUGACAAUUUAAUCACUCUAUUUUUAUAUGUGAAAGGAAGAUGGUAAUAAUAUGAAUUGGAAAUGUAAAAUCAUAUCCACCCUAUACCCAAUAAUUACAAGAAUCCUCCCCAUUGAUUGGAUCGAACACGAUCAAAAUACACCCGCGAUCCCAAAUUUCAAAAUUUGGUUGUUACCCCUAUAUUCUCUACCAAACUAGACAUUACAUUACAUUGGGAACCAUAUGUUCACUCUGUUCGUCCCAUGCCAUCUAAUUGUCGUGCUGCUACAUUUUAUUACUGAUAAACGUGAAGCAUACCGUCAACACCAAUGAUCUUUAACAACGGCAAGAAGAAAGAGCACUGAGCACAUAUCGUCUCUUAGUUCCCGCCAAUUGUCAUUGCUUCCAUCAACGUUGGGUGACACCAUAGAAGAGGACAUCAGCAAGAAAAGCCGGCAACCCUACCUGGUGUAGAAACCGUCAACAUAGGGAUUCACUCCACAACCUCUCCGCCUCCAAAGUCCAAACUACUUCCGGACGGCAUCUGGCCCUGAAAAAGAAUCUCUCCAUGAAUUAAGUUUGGCUUCAUUGCUCCAAAACAAAGAAACCCAGAAAACCUUCCCCUUUGGAAUCCCCGAUCCAACCCAUUUUUCCUUGAAGUUUCCAAGGCCAUUAUCAGGUAAUUGUCCCUUUUUUCCUAGGGUUAUAUGUACGCCUAGCUUCCUUCAUUCCCCCACCCAAAGGCCAAAUCUUUAUGGUGCUUCUUCCCUGAAAAGAACAGCAAAAUUGUUCUUGUUCAAUGGGUAGGGAGGACUUGACGAUGAUUGUGAAUCCCAUCUUCACCCCAUCUCAGAAGAGGGUGGUGGUGAUACAGGACGCCUUCAGUCAAGUUUCCCCCAUUGCCAUAGCAUGGGCUUUGAAUGGAUUGUCCCUUAGCUCUGGGGAUUCUCUUACCCUCCUUGCAGUUCUUCACCGGGUCAAUAACUCCUUGGGAUACAGAACCAAAGUGGGCUCCGGUUACCCCAAGAAAGCUGUGAACAGAGAAGCUGCAAGGAAGCAGGCCGAGUUUGACAGCAAUGUCGAUCUUAUGCAUGUCUCCAAGAAGUUCGAGGCACGCAAGGUCAAUUUUGUGGUAGAGGUGGUAGUAGGAUCUUCAGCAAAGGGUGUUGCACUUCAAAAAGUGGAGAGUCUAAAAGCCACUUGGGUGGUACUCGACAGGCAGAUGAAGAGACACAGGAAAUUCUUCCUCCAAAAUCUCUCCUGUGGGAUUUCCAGGAUUAAGAAGAACAACGUCGUCAAACAGCUGAGAGAGCCUAAAAAAGCCAUGAUCACCAGUCUACACACUGGUCAUGAUCACGAGCAGAAAAAAGUGAGGCCCGUGACUUAUGGCGAAAUGUUGCCUGGAACUCCUGAAGAAGAUGAUCUCUUCAGCCUCGAGCUUCCACCACCACGCCAUGUUCAGGAAGAAACAGGUAAUAACAGCAGCAGCAGCAGGCUAGUGUUGGAGAAGUGGCAAGCAGAAGUUUCAUUCCAAUGUUCGGUGUGUUCGGUCUGCAAAACCAGAAGGGGAUUUCCAGUUGAUCCAAGGGGUUGGGGAUAUGAAUAUGAAGAAAUCCAAGCUGCAACUGAUGAUUUCUCAUCAAGCAACUUCAUGUCUGGGGAUGUUGAUGCAACGACAGGGUCCACCUUUUUCAGAGGGCAGCUGAAGAACAGCAACAACCAGAAGAUCAUUGUGAAACGAUGCAGGAGUUCCGUAAACAUGAUUGGAGAUGCGAAAUUCAGUUUUGAGAUUAAUCUUCUCAGGGCAGUUAGGCACGAUAAUGUGCUGAUGUUGAUGGGUUCUUGCUCAAACGGCCACGGCCUCAGGCUGCUUGUGUAUGAGUAUGCCUGCAACUGCACACUUGAUCAACAUCUAUCGAAAACUUGCCCAUUGCCCUUGACAUGGUCAGAUAGGGUGAAAGUAGCAGUUGGAGCAGCAAGGGGGCUAAACUAUCUCCAUGAGAACAACAUAGUUCACAGGAAUGUGAAAGCAGACAGUAUUUUUUUAACUCAUGAUUUUGAGCCCCUGCUUGGUGAUUAUGGGCUUUCAGAGAUGGCAGAUUCAGCACCAGAACUCUCUACAGCAACUGAUGUGUAUGCGUUUGGAGUCGUUAUGCUCGAGUUGAUCACAGGCCAAAGUGCCAAGGAAGUUGUCGAAACUAUGGCCUCGGGGAAAACAAGUCUUGUUGGAUGGGCAAGGCCAAUCCUGAGAGAGAGAACUCAUUUUCAGCUGAUCGACACAAGAAUCGUCAGGUCCCAUGAUGGCGAACAGCUCUACUGGAUGUGUAGAUUGAUACACAAAUGUCUUGCUGAAAACCCAAAGAAAAGGCUGGCCAUGAAUGAGGUGGUAUCUGCAUUGGAGUGCAUAGCAGAGAGGAAGGAGAACAGCAUACUGGACGAUGUUUUGGCAGUGAGAUCGAGUCUGUCUCGCAGCACAUUCGAAGAAGAAACAUCCAUGUGGACGAAUGAAAGGGAGAACUUCAGCAGAGAUGCAACAGAUUCGGAGAUGAGCAAGGAACAGAGCCAAAGAACAUCAUCACAUUCAGAAAUGAUUUCAUCGAGCUCUUUUUUCAGCGGGUCUAGUAAUGUAGGAAUGAGGACUAUGGGCAGACCAGCUUUGGUUUAUGGAGAAAUGCUUGUUUAAUCUCUUACCCCACCCACAAUUUUUCAUUGCAUUUGGAAAGCUAUUUGGUCUAGUUUUGGUACACUUUCUC